AUGGACGAAGAAAGCCAACUGAUGCCGUCCCAAGACCAGAGCUGCUGGGCCACUCUGCCCGAUGUGUGCCUACAACGUGUUUUCUGGUGGCUGGGAGACAGGGACAGGUCCAGGGCAGCCCUUGUCUGUAGAAAGUGGAACCAGAUGAUGUAUUCGGCUGACCUCUGGCGAUACAGGACCAUCACGUUCAGUGGGAGGCCUUCCAGGGUACAUGCGUCCGAAUUUGAGUCAGCUCUUUGGUAUGUUAAGAAAUUUGGUCGUUAUCUGGAGCACCUGGAGAUCAAAUUCAUGAAUCCCUACAAUGCUGUCUUGACCAAGAAGUUCCAGGUCACCAUGCGAGGCCUUCUCUCGAGUCUGGGCAAGAGUAACAACCGUCUGAAAUCUCUUUCCAUUCAGCACCUGGAGCUGGACCGCCUGGUCUGGAGGAACAGCAUCAGGAGCUCGUUCAUCAAAAGUCUGAGCUUCUUCUUAAAGAGGAUGGGCAAACACCUGGAUUAUCUCAACCUGAAGGGCACCAGGCUGACCGUGGAGCAAGGCUGCCACGUCCUCAACUCCCUGAGCUAUUUAAGGAAUGAGAGCAUGGCAUCAGAGCUCAACAUUGAGGACUUCUUCAGCCACCACCUCGCUGUCUAUAGCAGCCCCCAGUUCAACAAGACCAUGGCCACGUUCCGCAACCUGGAGUCCCUGACCCUGAACUACAACUGCAUCUCCGAUGAGCUGCUCGAGAACUUGUGUGAGAACAACGCCAGUACCCUCUGGACCAUAAACAUCAAAUGCCAUAUUCACGACCCCCACGGGCAGGUCAUCUGGGGCAUGUCCUGGGCCAAACUGGCCAGGCACGCCACCCACCUGAAGGUGAACUUCUUCUUUGAGCGGGUCAUGAAGUACGAGCGCUUGGCCCGGAUCCUCUUGCAGGAGAUCCCGGUCAGGAGCAUCAGUCUGAGAAGCUGCUAUUUCAGUGACCCGGACUGGUCCAUGCGGCCCACUCUGCUGGAUCUCCUGCCCACCUUCCGGCACACUCUGCAGAAACUAACUUUUGAGUUCAACAACAACCACGAGUCACUCGACAAGGAGCUGCACCUCCUCAUCUUAUCCUGCAGAAAGUUGUUCUACUUCAAAAUCUGGGCUUUCCUUGAUGUUAAGUUUGUGGAGCGGAUCCUGAAGAGUCAGGAAGAAGGGCAGUGUGCCCUGCGCACUCUCAAGGUGAGAAUUUAUACAAACAGAUACGAGACAAACGAAGAGGACAGGACCCUGCGGGAAAUUUACCGGAAGUACAGAAAGCUGAUCGACUCAGAGCUUAACUAUUUUGUCAUCGCCUACCCCAUGAUGUAG